AUGAGUAGUGGAGCAAUGGUACCUUUAUCGGACAAGGAAAGACAACUUGUUACCUUCCUCUAUAGGUCCAUCAUGAAGGCUUGUAGAAAAUACGAUCAAUAUCCUCUCAGUAAGACAACUCUGCCCAAUCCAGCCUUUACUAAAUCAGAGAGUAUCAUGACAAGAGGUUGGACUUGUACAAAAUUCGGAAAGGAAAUAUUGGAUAGUAUUUAUGGACAUGGUGGAAUGUACUAUAUUCCGAGAUAUGUUGGAACUCAAUCUAGUGCAGCUGAAGAGGUAAAAACUGGAAAGGAAUUACUCAAUACUAACAAGUGGGCGGAAAGGGAACAAAGAAGACCAAUUACCUUGACAGAUAUGUGUAAAAAGGCAUUCAGAAAACCAGAAUUAUUGGAUGAACAGGUCAGACAAGAGGCCUAUGAAACUGGAUUUGGAUUUUUGAGUGAAUUCAAUUCACAUUGGGACAAGACCAAGAAGGAGGAAGAGAAGGGAAAUCUAAUUCUCAGAAAAGUCGAUGGCAAUACAGUGAGUGUUGAACUGACAAAGAAGGGAGAAUUGGAGCAUGAUAAUUUUGAUGAAGAUUCCAUUGUGGCCAAUUCUUACAAUGACAUGUUAGAGGACGAAAGAAUUGCACAAAUCUCACAAAAGCCUUACAUUCCAGAAAAUUUGGAAAAGGCCAGUGUAAAUUUAGUAUGCACAAGUAGACCUCUGAAGAAUCACCUCCUCAUAGCUCAUCCCAUGCUUGCUAACAAGUAUUUCGAAAGAACAGUCAUUAGAAUGGAUGAUAAUAUUCAAGAUACUGGUUACAUUGUUGGAAAAUUAUCGAAUGAUGAAAAUACAAAUGAAGACAAGAAGAAAUUCGAAGAUCUCCUUGAAGAUGAUGAAAAAACUCCAGAAUCAGAAGCUAAAGCCAAAACCCUUAUGGAUUUUGUUUCUCAAAUUAACAGGGAGUUUGAAUCUUUGGAAAAGAAGCAUAGUAAAGAGGCAGAACCUGAAAGACUUGCCAGAUGGUACACUCAUCAAUUGGCAAAUGAAAUUCUCGAUGGUGUUUGGAUUGUUGUAGCUGUUGACAUGGAAGCUUUCCUUCCAUUUGCUAAGGAAACUCCAUACGAUAAGGUUUGGGAAUAUCUGGUAUCACGUCUAGGAGGAGAAUACGAAUGUUGGAAGGAUUACUUUGUAAAUAAGCAAGCCAAACCUCUAAAAGAAAGAAAUGAGUUUCCUAAGGUUAAAAUUAUUGUAUUGUAA